AUGCGUAUCACUCUGCGACUCGUUCUGCGCUUCCUUGGCAUCAUUGCGCUGAUCAGCAUCGUCGUUCUGUCAUUCUCACAAUCUAACAUCGCGUACAAAGCAUUGAGCAAUCGUCUCUCAACCUACGAAACAUCCCUGUCUUCGCCAAAACAGCCAACAAUAAAUACCACUCGACCCAUCGACUCUGUGCAGGAAUUAUGGACCCUGUGGGCAGAAGUCUACAAAGCAACCCGACCUGAUGCGGCCAAGCUUGAACUAAUGUUUAAUGCCGCCAACGAGCCUGUCUCCGCCGACGACCACUCAUCACGAACUCAACAUAGAGAGCAACUCCAGGGUCUGGAUUCUAUACCAGCAUUACAGACCGCCCAUACCAAGUUCGUUUCGGUACUAAAAUCAUGGCCCGAUCAUGCUGCCGAGCAGAUUUUCAACGGCACAGGUGUCGUGAUUGUAGGCGGAGGAGAGUACUUUGGUCCAGCAAUCGUUGGCAUACACAUGCUACGUCGCAGUGGCAGUAACCUACCCGUCCAAGUCUUCGUCACUGACAAGACCGAACAUGAGGACAAGCUGUGCAAAGAUUAUUUACCCAAGCUCGGCGCAGAGUGCCUAAUUCUCUCGGACUUCAUUCAAGGCUUCAAAGUAACUCAUUAUCAACUGAAGUCUCUGGCGAUGUUGCUUAGCUCAUUUGAGCAUGUCCUGUAUCUUGACAGCGACAGUAUACCACUACUGAAUCCUGAAACAGAGCUCUUCGCAUCAGAACCAUAUACUUCUGCGGGACUAGUCAUUUGGCCUGACUUCUGGAUCUCCACAGAGUCUCCUUCCUUUUACACCGUCACAGGGCUUGGUAGGAUGCCAUCCGGUCUACCCAAGUCGUCUUCUGAAGCAGGCCAACUUCUCAUCAAUAAGCGGAAACAUAUCAAAACUCUGUUACUGGCAAUAUAUUACAACAUCUACGGACCUGAUUUCUACUACCCACUUCUUAGCCAAGGUGCGCUUGGUCAAGGAGACAAGGAAACAUUCAUGGCUGCUGCAAUGGUGCUCGAUAGUUCAUACUACCGCGUCAAGACAGGAGUCGCAAAAGUUGAACGCAACACUGGGUUUGAGGACAAAGGAAGUGCCAUGAUUCAGGUUAAUCCCUCUGACGACUUCCUUGAACAGGACGGAGACAAGCCCAUACAACCUAGACCGGCAUUUAUACACGCCAACACUCCGAAAAUGAAUGCUGGACACCUAGUUGAUGAAGGCGAUCUGUUAAGCACCGUCGAUCAGAAGCCAUUACGCCUGUGGGGUUCUCGUGACGAGCAGAUAAGGUUGUUCGGGUUGGACCUCGAGAAGACAGUAUGGGAGUUGAUCGUACAGAACGGUUGUGAGUUGGCCGAUGUGAUCCGAGAGUGGUCCAAUCGCAAAGAUCUAUGUCGUCGUUUGGACGAACAUUGGGAUGCUCUGUUCAAAGAUAAUCUCUGA